UUUUAAAUUGGUUUUAUAUGAAGAUAUUAGAGAAUCUCACAUUGCUAAUGUGUGAAAAGAUAAUAGAAUAUAUAAGAGAAAUGGACUACUCCUCCCGUUACCCCAUUCAGCUUAUUCCUAAAUUCUAACAAGAAGAAGAGGAGGAUUAGUUUUAACAAUCUCUAUUACGCCUCUCAAAGACUAAAGCAAAUAAGAAUAUUAGACUAAAACAUUUCUCCGUGUUUAAGAUUCCAUGUGUAAGAAAUAAGAUACAACUCUCCCAAAGUUUCCAUACCAAUGAGGAUAAACAUAAGGUGAACUGGGUAUUACCAGAAGUUGGUUUCAAACUCCACACGUGUCUAAUUAACUUCAAUAAAUAGGACCAUCAAAUUCAAAGAUAUCACCAAACAUAUUUUGAUUAGUCCCCGUAUAUUUAAUAGGAAAAUUUACAUUCCAGUACUUUAAUUUCAUUCUUUUUACAAAAAUAUGGUGUUGUCAUUUUUAUAUCAAAGUGUACCGUUUUGGGUACUGUUUUCAAUUUAAUUCACUUUUUUUAAAUUUUUUUUUAAAAAAAAAAAAAAACUGACUGGGACGUGUGUGAUGUGUGCUGACGUCAUCACAUCACGUCCUUCACGUCUUCCAUUUUUUGCAGACUUCAACUGUUCACGCGCCUUAUUGUUUGCAUUUGUAAUUCAAAUUGCAGUCGGUUUUAAAGAUUUAUAAUCAUUAUUUUCUUUUAUUUUUAUUUUAUAUUUUACCAUUUUUAUGGUUUUUUAAGUGUUUGUAUAAAUAGGUAAAGUUUGUUUAUAAAUAUACAUUUUGAGUUUUAGUUGCUCUGUUUUCCUUUUAUGCAGAGUAUAUGGGUUAGGGUUUCAUCUUCUUGGGGUGGUUUAUUUUCGUGUUAGUAAGAGUGUUUGAGUGCAUCAUUUUCGUUUAUUGCCUUGUUCUUAUCAUCUGUAAACCUAAAAAAUGGUUAAAACUCGUUCUUCAAUUUCUCCUUCGCAUUCUGUAAAGAUAGCUGCUGAUAAGAAGAAAAUGGAAAAUGUUUCUGAUGAUGGAGAUCGUGAUGAUUCUGAUCAUUCUGGUGGAUCUGGUGGAUCAUCUGAUGGUAGUCGUGGCUCUGCAUUGCAAACCAAGAGAAAAAGAGUUGUUGAGAAAGUGAAGAAGGAAGAUGUUCGAAAUGUGAAAAAGAUGAAGCAAGUUGCUGAAGAUUUGCCUGAGGAUUAUGAUAGUGAAGACUUGGAGGUUGAAGUUCGUAAUGAUUUGAAGGAAUGGGAUUUAUAUUUCAAGCCUGGUGAAAAGAUUCAGGGAAAAGUGAUGUUAUUCCCUAAUCAAGAUAACAUUGUUGUCAAAAAUAUUAAUUCCAAGUUGACUAAAGAUCAACGUAAGUUGUUUCGUGGUACUAGUUUUGGUUAUUUUUUAGAUAGUCAUCCUGUUGGUUUUCAGUCUCAACUAGUUCAUAAUGCCUUACAUAGGGAGGUAUAUUAGAAAAAUGAAAAAGAAAUGUGGUUUAAGUUUGGUGAUGAGAAUUUCAGAUUCAGUUUAGCUAAGUUUGCUGUUGUUUCUGGUUUACUGUGUGUUGGUGAUGCUGAUUUGACUAAGUAUACACACAGAGAAAAUGCUUUUGUUGAUCGAUAUUUUUGUGAUAAGACAGUGACUGUUAGUGCUGUUGAGCAUAGGUUUAUGUAUAGUGAUUUCAAGUCAGAUGAGUAUGCUGUGAAGAUGGUUGUUUUGUACCUUGUUACUAAUUGUUUGAUUAGUAGUGUUUACUCAAAAAAAGUUCCUGUUGAGAUUCUGAACAUAAUUGGGGUUGAUGAGUAUGGUAGUUUCCCAUGGGGUAUACCAGUGUUUGAAUUAACUUUGCACAAUUUAAAGAUUGGUCUGAGGGGUGUUAUUAAGGGAAAAGGUGUUUCUAAGCCUCUUGCUAAGGUUAAAGGGAAACAUUUGGAAAAGGGUCCUCGCUCUUAUAAACUUCCUGGUUUACCUUUUGCAUUCUUGGUUUGGUUGUAUGAAACCAUUCCUUUGUGCUUGAAGGCUCGGUUUUGUUCCUAUGAUUCUGGUAAACCAUAUAGGUAUUGUACAUUGAAGAGUAUUGGAAAUCCAAAUUCAAGUGAAGUUGAGAAGAAAGUUCUAUCUUCAAAUAAGGUAUUUUAUAUAUUUUGUAAAUUGUUUAUUUGUUGUUUUUAUUAUAUUUUGUAAACUAAUUAUUUUUUUGUUUUGCUAGCUGAAAGGAAAAAAUAUUGUGCCUACUGAAAAUGAAAGGAAUGGUUUAUUGGUCCUUACUGGAAUGGAGUUUAUUGGCCGAGAACAGUCAGAUGAUGACUUUGAUGAUGUUCCAUUGUCAAAGUUUAAUGUUGAUAGAGUUGGAUCUUCUGGUGUACAGAAGGAGUUUACUGGUGGUUUUGAUGUCGAUGGUGUGAUGCGUAAGAUGAAGGAUUUUGUUUCUAGGCAAAAGAAGACUGAUGAGUCUAUUGAAGUAUUGGAUAAGGUGUUGGAGGGUAGAUUCAAGGAGUUGCAGUUAAGUCUUCAGUCGUAUAUUGACUCAAAGAUCAGUGAAGGCUUGGUUUUUUUUUUAUGGAAUUGAAGUUUAAUGAGUUGAAGGAAGCUAUUGAAAAUAAAAAAUUUCUAAAGAUGGAAAUGAUAGUCCUGAUGAGAGUGAUGGCAAGGUUGGUUUUUUGAUUAUGUUUAUUUAUUAGUUUAUUUCAUGCUUCUUUUUUUUUCAUAUGUUGUUUUGAUUUUUUUUUUUUUUUUUUUUGCAAGAAUGAUGAUUUAAAUGAUGAAGUUUUUGGUGUGAAAAAUCAAGAUGCAAUUGAAACUGUUGGACUCGAUGAGAAUAUUCAAUAUACUCAGGUUAUUUUUGUUUUGUAAACUAGUAUAUUGUUUAUUGUUUAUUGUUUUUGUUUGAAUAUUUUUUGUUUAUUUUAUUAAUGUUUUUAUUGUUUAAUGGGUUUAUUAUUUUUUUUUUGUAGGUUUUUAAUGAUGAUGCUCCUUCAUUUGAUAUUAUGAGUUUUAUUUCUAGUAAACCUGAAUGGUUUACUGAAGAAAAAAAGAAUACUGAUAAAUUGAAUGAUGAAGAACAGGUUGUUGAUGAUCAUGGCCUUUUUAAGGAUGUUGUUAAAAAAUCUAAGGAGGAUAAAGAUGAUGGUGGAGAUGACCAGGCAAGUUUAUUUAUUUUUAGGUUUUUCAUUAUUUAGAUGAUUUGUUACUUUGUUGUUUUUUGUCUCUGUCAAAUGUUCUUUAUUUUUGUUUUGUAUAUUUACAGGGUUUGGGGGGUGGUGAUGCUGUUAAAGCUAUUGGUUCAGAUGAGACAAAUAAAGACAAUGUUGAGGGAAAUAAUAUUGAAGAAGCAAAAGAUGUUGCAGAUGGGAGUAAUAAAGAUAAUGUUGAGGGUAGAGCAGUUGAUGUAGAUGGAAGUGUAAAUGAUGUUGAAGGUGUUGCUAGUAAGGGAAAGUUGUUUGAUAGUCAAGGAACUGAGGAUAGUAUCACUGUGUCUGCUUUGGAGAUUAUAAAUGAAAAGAUUGAUGCUUAUGAGGGAAGCAUUAAAAAGGUUUGUCAUUUUUUUGUUUAUUGUAUACUUUUUUUAUUUAGUUUAGUUUAUAUUAUGAAUCAUUUUGUCAUGUUUAAUUAUUUUUAUUUUUUGUUUUUAGGAUAAGUCUUUAAAUAAAUUAGGGGCAACAAAUGUUGAUGUUUUAUCUACCUAUGGUUUAGACAAGGUUUGUUUACUUUUUUGUUAUUCUUGUUUAUGUUCUGAGUAUUGAUUUUGGUUUACUAUGUUUGAAUAUAAUUUUUUUUUUUUUGCAUGAUAUUUAAGACUGAUGUUGUUGGUGCUAAGAAGAACCAUGGUUCUCAAGAAAGUUUUUUUGUAUCUACCAUGGAGGUUGUUAAUGAUCAUUUGGUUUCCUAUGAAGACAGUUUGAAAAAUGUUUCUUUUUAUUUUAUUUAUGUUAUUUGGUAGUUUGAUUUUUUUUUUUCUUUUCACUUCCUUAUUUUAUUUGUUUGCAAUUGUUUUGAAUGCUAGGGAAAAUCUAUAAAAUUGGAGGAAACAACUCCUACAGUUGGAAAUAGAGAGAAGAAACCUAGUUCUGUAUACAACAGUCUGUAUACCACAGAAUUUGGUUCAGGCAGUAUUGGUAAACCAAAAGGUGGACGUCCUGGAUCAUGUGUUUUUGGCUUUGGCUUUUUCAAUGUGAUUGAUGAUGUGCAAGCUAAAUCUUUUGAUUAGUGGUUUAAGAUUGGGUUUAAUGAUAAAAACAAAGUGAAGAAGUUUAAAGAAUAUCAUAGGAAGCUUAAGGUUCCAUUGGAUUUUGUGGUUUGUUAAAUCGACGAUAAGAUGUGGUUCUAUGAUUUGCUUACUGUUGGGAAGAACUUGUCAUGCUCGGUUAGUGUGUUAUUAUAUUUUUUUUUUUUUGUUUAUUGUAUACUUUUUCUAUGUAUUUGUUUAUAACUUUGGAUUGUUUUAUGUUUAUUGCAGCAUAUUGAUGUUUGUUUCUACUAUAAAGAAGUUAAAGUAUGACCAGUCUGUGAAAAUUUCUGGUAACACUACUGAUUGCUUCUUUGCUUCUCAAAUUUUCGAUUUAUAUAAUGAGUUUGUUGCAAGUGGUGAAAAUGUUGAUUUGAUUAAGAAGGAUUCUAAGGCAGCUGCAUACAUAGCGGGGUUUUAUAUGUUAUGCUAUAAACCCUGGGUUGAGCUAAAUUUCGUUCUAAUGCGUGUUAACGUGAUUGUUCUUGCUCAUUGGAUAUUGUGUAUUCUUGACAUUAAGAUGAGAUGCUUAAAAGUAUUAAAUUCUAUGAGGUUUGUGAGGUACAAGAACAACUCAGAGAGUUUUGUUCGUGCAUUUGCUGUAAUAAUUCAUAUCUUACUGUCACAUGUUAAUUUCUAUGAGGGAGAAAAGAUAUUGACAGGAGUAGUAAGCACUGGCAAGGUAAAAAAGAUACUGAUGCGUUUGAUAUUGUCGUGGUUGAUAAUUUUCCACAACAAGAAGAUAGGUAACUAUCUUUGUUUUUUUUUAUAUAUAUAAUUAUGAUUCUAUGUUAUUGUUUAUUUUUUGUUAUCUGACAAUUGUUAUGGGUUUAUUUUGUGAUGUAGUGAUUGUGGUGUUUUUGUCAUAAAGUAUGCUCAUUUCUUUAUGCAUGGAUUUAUUGAUAAGAUUCCUAAGAAGUUGGACAUUGCAUUCACUCGUAAGAAGUUGUGUGUUGAUCUGUUUGUUCAUGCAAAGAAGAAGGAGUUGGGUGGGUACGAGUCUACUUCGCAGAAGCCAAGAAGGAUGCCAUAGAUUUCUGUAAUAGAACAACAUGUUGGAUUCUUAGUUUACAUUUUUUUGAACUUUAUGUGUAUUUUUAUGUCAUGUUGUUUUGUUUUUAGGUUUAUGUUUGUGUUUGUUUAAGUAACUGUUUGGAACAGUAAUAUUUUAGGAGACUCUUGCCUAUUUUAAUUUUGAAGUAACCUUUUGGUUUACUGGCACAGUAUGUUUGCAGUUUUUUAUGUUGUGUAUUUCUGUGAGACAAUAUGUUAAUCUUUUGGAUUUAGAAAUUAGUUUUAGUGUUCUGGCUUUUUUUUAUGUGAUAUUUGUUUAAUUUUGUUUGAUCUUAUAAACCAAUGACAUUUAUGUAUACCAUUAUAAGUGGCAUAAACCAAUGUGAUGGUUUAUUAACCAUUAAAAUGGUUGUAAAUUAAUUACAGUUAGUAACUGUACAUAUAUUUGGUCACUUGUUAUUUUUAACAUAUUAUUUCAUAUAGAGGAGGCAAAAAAAAACUUACUUGAAUCUAAGCGAAUUGUAAUCAUUUUAUUAAAAGUUGGUAUUAAUACAUUGAAAAGCUUUAUCAACUAACAAUUAUCAUUGUAAACUGUUUUUGUAUACUGUCUAUUUAGUAACCAUGUUUGAUGUUUACAUCAACAUUUAUUUAUUUUACUUCUAGAUCUUAUGAUCUUUUUCUUUUUCUUGGUGGUUUUAGUACUGGGUCAUUUUUACAUGAUCUUUUGUUGUGUCCUUUUUGGCGACAUUGACCGCAUACCACUUGUGCUUUUGCUUCAAGUCCAUUUUUGUAUCGUUGUUUCUUUGGUCUUCCGGCAUCUCUCUUAUGUUUAGGUGGGAGGACUACAAUAUUUUUUAUUAAAUCUGGUAUAUUCCAUAAUGUUGCCUCACCUAAUGGGAGUAUACUGUCUUCAUAUGUUGCCAUAAAAGCUUCUUUCGUGUAGUAGUAUGAGCAAUAUUUGUAGCAAGACAUGUUCCUUUUGCUUAGUACAACCAUUGCAUGAGAGCAAGGCAUUUCAUCAUAUUCAAAUCAUUGGCAGCUGUAUGUUUUGUUCUCAAAGUUUACUAUGUGAGAUCUGUUGUUGUCGUGUACUUGGUAUACCAGAAGAUUUGAUGUUUCAACCUGUAUUAAUCAAGUAAACCAUUAUUAAGUUUACAACAAAGUAAAUAUGUUUGUAAGCAAUUUUUAUUUUUCUGUAUAUAUAAUUACCUUGUACUUUAAACUCAUAUCUCUUUGUUUCUUUAAUGUUUUUUCAGGUAUUUUUGCCAGUGUUGUUGUAGUUUUUUGGGCUCUAUUCUUGUUUUCCCAAUACCAUCUUUGCACCAAUGAAUGUAGGCAUUCUAGUAGAGUUAAGAUGGGUAGGUCUCUUACUGCUUUCAAGGCUGCAUUGACUGAUUCGGCCAUAUUUGAUGUCAUUAUUUUGUAUCUCCUGUUCAUGCCAUAUAGUCUUGUCCACUUUUCGACACCAAUUUUAUUCACCAAGUAAUCUCUUAUUCUUACAUCUAUAUUGUCCAAGUCUUGCAUGCUCUUUUCAAAAUCUUCUAUGUUGUAAGCUUUAGAUGCACUAUUAAAUGCAAUCUUGAGCUCAUCACCUCCUUUUUUGAAUUUCAUUUUUAUAUUUUUCAUUAAAUGGUAACAACAUACCCCAUGCAUUAUAUCUGGAAAGGUCUCUUUUAUUGCUUUUAGUAUACUCUCAUGUCUAUCUGAUACGAUGCAUUGACCUUCUCUUUCGCCAUAAGUUUCCUUUAUUUUGUGAAGAAACCAUUCCCAAGAGCUGUCAUUUUCGGAAUCUACUACUGCAAAUGCAAGUGGGAAUAUAUGUCUAUUUGCAUUUUGUGCACUUGCUAUCAACAAAGUGCCUCCAUGUUGGUUUGUUAAAAAGGUUCCAUCCGUGACUAUUAUUGGUGUACAGUGUUGCCAACCUUUUAUUGAAGCACCUAUUGCAAAGUAUAGAUAUUUGAAUUUGUUAUCUUCAUCUGUUACUAGGUCUGUAAUUGUUCUUGUUUCAAAAGUAACCAAUUAGUUUAUUGUAUAAAUACCUAUGUGGCAUAUUAUUACUUUAUGUAGACGAAGUAUUUUAUUACCUGGGUUUGAUAUUUGCAUCAUGUAUAAAAUUGUUGGUAUCUCACUGUAUGAUUCUUGUAGGCAGCGACGAGCAUCCACAAUUGCCUUUUCUCUUGCUCUCCAUGCUUUUUGGUAAGAUAUAGAGACACUUUAAUCAUCUGCCAUGUCAUCCACAAUUUCUGUUGGAGUGUAAUCUCGUUUUGGGUUUACAAACUUGUUUUUUAUAACCUUUCCAACUAGAUUGCUUGUAGCUUGAGGAUGGUCUCCAGAAGUAAUGUCCAAUGAACAUGUAUGAGUAUGCUCUAUUUUUCUUAUGAUAAACAUGUCAGUCUUUCCAUGUUUUGAUGCUAAGAAUGUCCAGUUGCAGUUAUCAUCAAUACAGACUAGUUUAUAGUCUAGUUUUGAUCAUCUUUUUACCUUGAAAGGUUGAUUGUAUCUUAUUGAGUGAAGGCUUACUGCUUGUUGGAGGGUUUCCUUGUUUGCAAAAACUUGGCCAAUGUGUAUUUCAGCAACUUGAGGAUUUGAAAUUAUUUGAUUUGCUUUGGAGCUUUCUUCCAUCGAUUUUUGAAUUUGUUCAAUCACAUAAUCUGCCAUCUUUGUUGCAUAUUUUGUUCUUGUUGGUAGCAGUUUCCUUGUUUGUAAACUAGUUUCCCCAUUGUAGGUAUAGUUUACUCUAUCAUUGUGUUCAUUGUCGGUUGUGGAUGUUGAGAUGUUAACGAAGAUAGGAUAUUUGGUCUCAUCAUCAUUUUUCCUUCGUAUUUGUUCAUAAAACUUGCAUCCACUAUCAUCUUUGAUUCUUAUUGGUGGUAUGCCUUCCGUUACUUGAAAUUGAAGAUCAAUCGUAUAUUUGUUUCUGUCCAAAUUCAAAACUUCGUAUACUAUGUGAGAAAGCUCAUAAUGUGAACAAUCUGUUGGAAUUAGUAUACCUUUGACUUCAUAAUCAUCGUAUGUUGUUCUGUCAACCCAAGUUCCAUUGUAAAAAAGAAUCACUGUUCUAACAUCCAUAUUCCUGCGUGAUUUGUUUAGUUUAAUCAUGUUAAGUAUUGUAUACAGUAAACAUUAUGUAUAUACAAAAAUAAUAAACAUGUGAUAUGAAUAGGUAAUCUGUUCAUAAACUAAAUUUUAUAUUUAUUAUAGUAAGGUCUAUAUGCAGUUUUACGAAUUAGAUGACUAUAUUUUGAACUAUAAUAUUGGAGCGAUUACAAUUACAAAGGUUUAUAGUGUACUGUAUUUUUUAAAGUACUUAGUAUUGAUUAGUUAACUAUCAGUUAUGAUUACAAUUGGUAAACUAUCUGAUAAGUACUGAUUAAUUGUCAAAUAAUCAUGUUUAACAGAAUUAACAAACAUGAUGCAUUUUUAGGUGUUUUCAGGAAUUGGAAGGUGUAAUGGUUAUAAGCAGUAGUAUGUAUCGUAAUGUAUAAUAGGUACCUUAUUCAGAUUUAGUUUUCGAUGUUGUAGUUGACGUACUUCUUCUUCUUCCUCGAAGCAACGAUCUCUGGUUUUCGUUUUUCGUUUGUUGUGAUCAGCUCAUAGGUUUAUUGAUCGAUUGAAUUGUAGGUCGAAUUAGAGAGAUGAUGAUUUGCUUGUUGUAUACAGCAACAGGUUUGAGAGAUAUGAUGAUCGAUUCUCUAAUUUUCAGAUUCGUCGAGGUCUCUGUUUCCGUCAAUGGUGUUUUUUCGUUCAAGUUUGGUUUGGUUUCUGUUUUUUGAUUUCGUGUAUUAUUCCUAUGGUAUUUAUAGCUUUCUGUUUUAAUCAGUAGAACCACGCGCAGAGAUGGCCGAGAAAUAUGGAAUUGUGGGCGCGUCUCUUUCAUCGCCGGUGGUUCCAAAAUUAUUCAAGCUAAUAACAGUAUGCUUGAUGACGUGUCACGGCAUAACGAUAGAUUGUUUUUAUAUAACGUUUUUUUUUU